AUGGCUGUCUGCCGGGUAGCGGUGCAAGAGGAGCGUCGAUUUCCACUGUUCGACCUGCCACGAGAGCUUCGCGAUUGGGUCUUUGACUAUGUCAUCUCCGAUCCCUGGCUGGUGCCUGCCAACGCGGCGGCAGCGACGAGCGAGAUUGACGUCCAGACGAUUCACUUUGGAAUCGAGCGACCACGACUCACGAACAUGUGUUUGGUGAGCAAGCAGUUCCAGUAUGAAUAUCUCCAACGUGUCGAUAGGCAGACCACCAUUAUCAUGCUUGACCACAAGGACUUUCAAUUCGCCGACUAUCACCCAAACGGGACCCGAUUUCAACGUAUAGCUACAACGGCUCGACACCUCGAGAUCCGCAUGUUUGCAACCUGUGCGAACAUGUGCGGUGACAUGGCCGAUGAGUGUGACAUUCUUCGACUAGAGCAGUUCUUGUCGGAAAGCCUACCGCGCUUCAAUGCUUUGCAAACAGUAGUCGUUCGGAUGGGCAUCUGGUCGAGCGAACAGGCUAUGACCUUGGAGUGGCCAGCAUCGGAGCACAGUAAGAAUCUGCAGGAGUUUCUCGAGAAGGCUAAGAUCACCGCUCUGGCGAAGCUCUCAAGGAUAGAGGUAUACAACAGUGAGCGGGAAUGGCAGGACUUUGAGACGGCGUUCUGCUCCAAGAGGCUCUCUGCAACGUGGACGCUGCGAGGUGGAUGGGAGCCGAUCAUCAGACCAAAGAAGAAGAGGGAAUCAGAGAAGCCAUCACUGGAUCAAGCGGACCAGCAAGCGGCCCAGGUAGACGCUCAAGCGACAGUCACCACUGCCUCCACGGUCUCUCCGAUCGCAGAUACGCACGGGACUGGACAGCAUUUGAUUACAAGCUCACACGUAGACACUCCUUCAGUUCCAACUCCAAAUAUGACUAUGUUUAACGCCUCCGUGGCGACUGCUGAUCGUCUACCAUCCAUGCUCACAGAUUUCUCCAACAUGACACAAAGCUCCUCCGUAACGAACGCCGCCGCAGUCGACGAUGAAAUGACUGUGGCUUCGAUCCUCGCAGAGACUUCCAUGAUGACAAGUGCCACCACUCAGACAAUAUCUACGAAUUCUGCUCCGUCAAGUGUGGUGGAAGCGGUACCUUCGCCCUUUCCAUUUACUCUCUCGAACUCAGAACUGUACACAGAAUACGAGUUCUCUCCAUCAGACUUGGCCUGGGUCGAUCUGAGAAUGAACACAAUAAGCGCGGAAACCGAAGAGGACACGGAAUCCUCAUCAACGCUGUCCAGUCCACCAGCCACACCCAGCUCUUCAGAAGACACCCCUAAUUCACCGAUCACACCCAUGACGGAGCUCUCUUCACCCGACCUGGAGAUGCGAACUUCGAUUUCAAUCGGUGGACCUCUGGCGAAGUCUGCUCCGGAUUUCUCCGGCUGGACAGAAGAUCCGGGAGAUGCCAUCGCACAGCAGCUAGGCCUGACACAGGAUCUAGCGAGUACUUCAAAUAUAUCUGAGAAGGGUCCGAAAGUCUCAUAG